AUAUCAAGAUGCGUUUCGCCGGCUUCCAUCACUAACCUCCCGGAGGUCAUCAAGCCAAAUUUAUGAGUGGCCGCCCGAGUCACGUGACUCUAUUUAAGGAUCCCUUAUUUGGAAAGCGCGCAUAGGAUAAAGAAAGAGAUAUCUCCACCUAUAAAUUGUGCACUUUGGAGAACAAAAAACCCCUCAACUUCAAAGAGUCACAAAUCACCCUUAAUCAAAAAGGGUGCAGAAAUUUUUUUCGUCCCUCCCCGCCAUGAGCUCCUACGUAGCCAAUUCAUUCUAUAAGCAAAGCCCUAAUAUUCCUGCCUAUAGCAUGCAAACUUGUGGGAACUAUGGAUCUGUCUCAGAGGUGCAGCCAUCCAGGUACUGCUACAGUGGAUUGGACUUAAGCAUCACUUUCCCACCGCCUGCUCCUUCCAACUCUCUCCACGGGUUAGACAUGGCUGCCACUCCUAGACCUCACCCAGACCGACCCGCCUGUACCACGGUGGCAGCUCCGGGACACGCUCUGGGCAGAGACGAACCGGCUCCUCUAAACCCCGGGAUGUACAAUCAGAAGGCGGCUCGCCCGGCGCUGGAGGACAGAUCUAAGGGGAGUGGGGAGAUCAAGGAAGAACAGGCUCAGACUGGGCAGCCCGCAGGACUGAGCCAGCCACCGGCCCCGCCACAAAUAUACCCGUGGAUGACCAAACUCCACAUGAGCCACGAGACAGACGGCAAGCGAUCCAGAACCAGUUACACGCGCUACCAGACUUUGGAAUUAGAGAAAGAAUUUCACUUUAACCGCUACCUCACCCGCCGAAGGCGAAUUGAGAUCGCCAACAACUUGUGUCUCAACGAGAGACAGAUCAAGAUCUGGUUCCAGAACCGAAGGAUGAAAUGGAAGAAGGAUUCCAAAUUAAAAAGCAAAGAGGCUCUUUAAAGGGAAGAGGGAGAUAUGGGAUAUGGCAGUCCCUUCAAAUAGUUCCUCUAGUUGGCUUGAAUUUACCUUGGGGAAACUUUUAAUUUUCUUUUUUUCCUGGGGGUUUGUUUUUUGGGUUCUUUUGUGUGUGUGUGUGUGUGUGUGUGUGUGUGUGUGUGUGCGUGUGUGCGCGCGCGCUUGCUUAUGUGUGUGAAAAUUUUUUAGAGGAUGGGGGUAGAGGGGUGUGUGUGUUGGAGCUGGGGGGAUUUGUCACGGACUCUCCCAACCCUGCAGACAAAAGCGGUUUUCGAUUAGCAUUCAGCUUUCCAACCGCAGCUUGACUCAGAGUGUGUUGUUCUGUUCAUUCACUUCUUCAGUCUGUCUCCCUAAGCCCUCCUGGCGACCCAAUAACCCAGUGAAAUCUUCGUAGAGGGUCUCACUAAAAUGAUCUAGACCCCGGGACUGUUUGAUGGGCCAGGCGUGGGGAAGGAGAGAGCUCUUUGCCUUCAAAAUUCUCCUCCUGAACCUCGCACUACCAGUUAAGGCAACAGCCAAGAAACCCCUAGUCCCAUCUUCUUGUCCCCUUCAUCUCUGGCUACGUUUCCUGAAGGAGAGGCCGGCAGUGGUCUAUUCAGGGCUAGGGUGGUCCCUGCAACCCUCUUUGGGCAGAGCCACCACCUUUGGGCUCGAAAUGUAUAACACCCCCUUUCAGGCGACCUUCAGCCUUUCUUUGUUCAAGGGGGCCCUGCUACAGAGCUGGCGAGUUGGGACCAGGCCCAGGAAGGGUAUCUUUUCUUCAGUGCUGUGGGAUUCUGUAGGUGUGGGUGAUGGUCUGACUGUGUGAGUGAGUGGGUUAAUUUUUUUUUUGGGUGGGGAGGUUGUUUCGUUUGUUAAACUAGAUUUUCAUUAUUUUUUUAUGAUUUACAUAUGAAAAGGGAAAAAUUUAAUGAACUCUGGACACUCUUUUCCAGGCCCUCUUGAUGUCCCUAAGCAUUACUCCUCCUUUCAGUUUUGGGGGAAAAUGUUACCCCAAACCAGCUCCCCGCAUGCCAAGGGCCAGCUCCCCGGAGUCCCUGCACUGUUUGUAUAUAUUGGGGUCUACCUUCAUGUGAUGUGCUCUCUGACUCCAGUAACAACUCUUGGUGACAAUGUAGUCCCUUCCUGGCAACUUUCUUCGGGGAAAUUCCCCCACCACUGUCACCCAACUAUUUAUUGACUCCGGGUCCAUUAUGAAACUAUAUUUUGUCAUAUUGAAUAAAGACCAAAUAGACAUAAAGAAAGAAGGCGGCCACGCAAUCCUCUCUUUCUUGACGGGGAAGGGCAAGGGAAGGUGGGUAGGAGUCUCUAAACUUUUUGUAGAGGCUUCUUGAGGGGGUCCCCUUUACUUUUGGGAGUCAUUCCUAAAGAGGGCUUUCAAGACUAGAUUUGGGGGUGCCCAGGUUGGCUGGCAAUGAAGGAAAAGGAAUCUUAAAUUUCUAGGCCUUGGGAGUUGGAGAGGAAGGAGAAAGCACCCUCCAUUUGGCUUGGUUGGGGGCAUACAUUUGAACAGAAAAGAAGAUAUGAGUGUACUGGCACAUGUAUAUGUUCUUUAUGCAUAUAUGAUAUAAUCUCUGUGUUUAUAUAAGUAAUCCAUGUCUGGAGUCACCCUUCCUUGGGCCUUAUUGGAUUUCUGGUCUCUGCGAAAAAGCAGUUGAAGAUUCAUGGCCCCAUUGGUCAGGGCUGCCCUCUCAGUUGGAGAGUCUCUUUGGGAACUGGAUGGCAGGUUUCCUUUCUUGGGUCUCUUGCCACAGACUGUUAGGGGUGGGGGAAAGGGAGACGGGAGGAUCUGGACCUAGGAAAGGCUGAAUGUCUGCAAAGGGAAUCAGACUAUUCCUCAAGUGGCAUCUCCUGAAGGAGCACACUGUCUUGGCAUGUUUGUGGUAAUGGGAAAAAGAGGCAGUGACAUCUGACUUUCCCUCUAAAAUCUUCUUGGGAAGAAGUAUAUGAAAUUAUAUACGUAUGAAGAUGGAGAGGUGACAGACAUGGGGUGGUCUGCAUUGUGUCUUCAUAGUAUAAAAUGAGUCUCUUUAGGUCUGUCUCUCCACUUUGCUGAGCAAAGGGCUAAGUUAUCUGGUUAGUUCAAGCAGUACAGGUAAGCCUUCCUGGCUCAAAUCUAUCUUGUAUUUAUUGACGUACAUUUUGAUGCAUGUCCUUUAGGGUCUAUUUAGGGAAAAGGAGGCAAAAUUCUCCCAAUGGUGGUGGCUGUAGAAUGAAUCAAAACAACCACACUGUGGAUUCUCCUCACUGGACAGUAAGGACAUGAGGGUGGUAGAAGGACUUUGUAGAAGAAAAAGGAAGAAGCAUUGUACAGUAGAAACAAAUGUAGCAGCCAUCUAAGGCCCCAUAAAAGUUUAUAGCAUUUCCUCUCCACCAUCUACAAUGGAGGUAAUUUCCUGAGUUUGAGCCUGAUGCCAUCCCACCAUUUCCCACCCUUCAGAACUGCCUGGGAAGGAGGGGGAGGGGAAAUCCCAGGAACUGGGCCUCAACUUGCUAAAGGUCCCAAGGAAAAAGACCCAAGGAGGUGGAGGCCAGGAGCAGACAGGGAUUGGGGAGGAGGGAAGGUAAGAGGGUUAUUUGUGAUUAUUAAUGAUGAAGCUUUUUGGAUGUAUUACAGUCCUCUGUAUUGACUCCUCUUCCUUUCAGCACAGCCUGUCCUGCUUUUGUUUUUGUUUUUAAUUUCUGUGAAGGGAUCUAAGGGGUCCUUUCCCCUUAUGUACCUUCCUCUAUGUCCCCUUCCAGACCAUUUAACUCUGUCUGAACACCCAGUUCUAAAUGAAGAUUUGGCUGGUGUUGUGACUCCCUCCUCUGGGGUUCCUGGACCUGCAUUCCCUGCCUGUGAUCCCUCAAAUUAUCUGUCUCGCUAGCUUGCUUUCACUGUGAAAUAAAAUGUAUAAUUUUCUUCAG